AGCCAUUUUAUUAUCAAAACAGUAAAAAAAAAAGUGCAGCAGGUGCGUCGCUUUCUCCCCCUCGCACAGAGACAAUAGCGAUUUACACAACAUUUAUAUUUUUAUUCAUAUCGAACGAACGAUGGGUCAGUGUGGGAUUACGUCAUCCAAAACCGUCCUGGUUUUCCUCAAUCUCAUAUUUUGGGCGGCAGCAGGCAUUUUGUGCUAUAUCGGCGCCUACGUGUUCAUCACCUAUGAUGACUACGACCACUUCUUUGAGGACGUUUACACUCUGAUCCCAGCCAUCGUCAUCAUCGCCGUGGGCACGCUUCUCUUCGUCAUCGGUCUGAUUGGCUGCUGUGCCACCAUACGCGAAAGCUCCUGCGGCCUGGCCACCUUUGCUGCCAUCUUGCUGCUGGUGUUUGUAACAGAAUGUGUGGUGGUGGUUCUGGGCUACAUCUACAGAGCCAAAGUUGAAGAUGAGGUGAACCACUCCAUCCAGAAGGUGUACAAUGAGUAUAACGGCACCAACACGGACGCUCCCAGUCGCGCUAUUGACUAUGUGCAGCGACAGCUUCACUGCUGCGGUAUUCACAACUACUCGGACUGGAGGAAAACUCGCUGGUUCAAAGAGUCCAAAAACAACAGCGUCCCUGUCAGCUGCUGCCAACCCAACAUCAGCAACUGCACCGGCACCCUCACCCGACCGGCAGACUUAUACCAAGAGGGUUGUGAAGCUCUGGUUGUGAAGAAGUUAAAGGAGAUCAUGAUGUAUGUCAUUUGGGCUGCGCUAACUUUUGCAUCAAUACAGAUGCUCGGCAUGCUCUGCGCUUGCGUGGUGCUCUGUAGGCGGAGUCACGACCCAGCGUACGAACUGCUGGUCACCACCAACAGCUACGCUUGAAGGACUCGCGUGGCCAGCAUUGCAAGGCGAGCAUCACCAUGUCAUGCAACGGUAGUUCUAAAUUUAAGCUUAGGUAUAUAAACUCAAGCACACCUUGCACAAUCCAAUGAAGUAGCAAACACUGAUGAUGUGAUCCCAACACAAGGAACCGCCUAUUUAUUCUUAAUACUGACAUGCUUUGUGAGCUUUUUUAUGUUCUUUUCCUGAAUGAUUUAAAAAGUUUGGCGUAUGAAUGGCUAUCAGCAUUAGUUCGUCAUUUAAAAAUAAAAUUAGGUCAUUUAGUCAGAAUAACCCAAAAUAAAUAAAUAGGGUUAAGUCAUCGUUGGAAAUGUAUGAGGGUGGGGCAAAUGAGUACUCUGAAUAUAAAAUUCAAUAUCAACGCCAAAAACUUUAUAUAUACUGUAUGUCGCUCCAGAGUGUAAGUCACACCAGUCAAAAAAAUGCAUAAUGAAUAAGAAAAAAACCCACAUAGACGCCACUCCGGAGUAUGUCACUUUUUAUGCCAAAAUCCAGUGCAUUUGACAGCGCAGAUGGAAACAGUUUAAGCGGGAGCUGCUGAUUGCUUUAUAACAUAGGCUGCGUUCAUAAAUUGAUGUGAGCCCAAGCGCUCUGCCUCUCCGGACUCACACGCUCCUAAAAUUGUGUUAAAGCAUUUGAGUGAAUUUUUGGCCAGCAGAGGAGAAAGACAAAAUGAAACAAAACACUAUCUUAAAUAACUUUAAUACAUCCAGUAGGGAGCCAGUCACCAUGAGGGCUAGCACUAGCAGCUAAUGUCAUUGGUCGAGUCUUCGACCUUCUGACUCUGCAUAACAGCCCUUGGUGAGUCCAUCCUCCUUUGGGACCCACGUAGAAUCAAAAGUAAACUCGCUGAACAAAGCGGAGCAACAUUAAAUGCAAUUUUUCUUUUCCACAAUUUGCCGUGUUGGGGGUGAUUGAGAUGCCCGUAUUCUGAACUGCAGCUUCAUCCUUUUGUACAAAAUCCUACUAAAUAUGUGUGAGAUAUGGGUGUGCGUGGUAAUGUUUUUCCUGAUGUGCUACUUUGUACUGUGAUUGGAGCUUUGAAGACAUUUUGUGUUUUUUUUUAAUGCAAAUCAAACAAAAACCAAUAGUGGGGUUUUUUUUAGCAGUGAAGCUGAUACUUUAUAUUUCCCUUUUUGUUUUCAUGCUGUGAAUUUAGUUCCGAAUCCGCUUCACUGUUGAAGCACUGAGCCAGUUGGAUCCCCAAUGUUGUAAGUGGGUGUAAAGUCAGUAUUAAGCCUCCCCUUGUGUUUUAGUCUGUUUAGUUUCAUAGUCAUAUGUCCAAUAGUAGGAAUGACUUGCUUUGUAUAUAUACAUAGUUAUUUUUCUGUGAUAUUUUGCAAUGUUUUCAUUUACUUGGCGCUAUUACGUCAAACCCAAAAUACUUUGCUGGAGCUGCAGGAAAAAAAGCAACAACAAUAUUAUGUAUAGCUUUGAAGAGGAAACAAAUAAAAUCUUACAUUUCAA